AUGCCAACCGAUGAUAUUCAUAUUUUAUCAUCUUCUGAUUCACGUAUUUUAAUAUCAUUAAAUGUAACUGAUCCAUCAUCGUCAUCAAAUUCAUCAUCAAUAGAACUAACUUCAUGCUCAAUUGAACGUAUUUAUUAUUUAUUGAAAACUGAAAAACAACAAUGUAGUAUUAUCAAAAAUAAAAUUUCACCACCUGCUGUUUUUUUUUGGCCUGUAUUUGGUUUUCCAGCUGAACUUAACAAAAAAACUGGUAUUUUUGAGAUAAUUAAUGGACAUACAAGUUGUAAAAAAUGUAAGAAAACUUUUGUUUAUGGUUCAAAUAGUGGAACAAGACAUAUGAAGCAGCAUCCAUGUGUUACUGAUCUCAUAACUCAAUCAACAUCGUCAUCAAAAGAUGUGUCAAUGACACAAACGAUAAUUGAGAAAAACACUGGUUAUAGUAUUUAUGGUAAAAUUGAAGUUAAUGAUAUUCUUCGUUGUCGUUCAACAAUUUCUAGUCAUAUUCAAGUUAUGGCUGAAUCCUGUCAUGCACGUAUUAAAAACUUUUUGGAAGAACCCUACAAGAAUGGAUCCUUACCAAUAUCACCUGAUUUUUGGUGCAACAAAUAG